AUGGAAGAUAUAAAAAUAAAUGAAAAUAAAAUCUUUGAGUAUAAUGAAAAGAAUAAAUUAAAAAUAUUUGAACAUAAUGAUAUCGUAUUUUUUAAGCAAAAAGAAAAAAAUAAAAUAGGAUUAGGGAGAAUAGUAAAUUUUUACACUGAGCUAAAAGUAAACGAUGUUCAUUUAACUCCAGAUCAUAAGUUGUCCCUAUCAAACUAUAUAAAAAUAUUAAAUAAUCUAAGCAAUAGAAAAUAUGUGCAAAAUUAUAUUAACUCGUUAAGCAACGAAAAUGCAUCUAACACCAUUGAACAAGAAGUAACUACAAAUGUAGAAGACAUUAAUGUUAAUGGUAAUAAUAAUAUUAGUAAUAAAAUUCACAAAAAAAAGGAAAAAGCUGUUCUAAAUUAUUUUAACAGAAAAGAGGAAAAAAAUAGCAAUAGCAAUAGCAGCAGCAAUAGCAAUAACAAUAGCAGCAGCAAUAGUAAUAGCAAUAGCAAUAGCAAUAGCAAUAGCAGUAGCAAUAGUAAUAGUAAUAUAAAUUUAAGGAAAAGAACAAAAAACAAUUCAGUGUUGAAAUAUGAAAGAAAAAUAAGACAAAAUGGUAGAGAUCUUUUAAAUGGAAUUAGUAGCAGUACCUACGACAUAAAUAAUAAUUAUGUAAUAUGCACAAAUGAUGAAAAAAAAAAAACAAGUAAAAUAUUUUAUAUUAUUCAUUCCUUUAAUACGUAUAAAUAUAUGUUACAUUAUAAAAAGGCAUUUAAACAUUAUAAAAUUUUAUUUCAUAAAAAAUGGGAGAGUAUUAAAAUAAGCUUUUGUAAAAAUAUACAGAAUCAAGUUAAUUUUGUAUUAGCUAUGAAAUUAUUUGAAAUAAAAAAAUUAUACCCGAAUAAUGUACAUUUACAAAAUAUUAUGAUUAACAAUUUAAUGAAAAUAUAUAAAAGCGAAAAAGAUCUACAUAUAGAUUAUCUCGUUUUAAAUUUUAUAAAAAAAUUAGAUGUAAGGAUUAUAUUACAAAAUAACGUUUUGAUAACUAAUGAUGAUUUUAAUGAUAUUAUUACAAAGAAUAAAAAAAAUAUAGAAGAAGAAAAAAAAGAGAAUAUAAGUUUUAAUAAUACUAAUUACAAUCAAGAAAUCACUAAUAGUACGCGUUAUGAAGAACAUUUGAAAGAAUUGCCAUCAAAUAAAACUGGAUUAACAUAUCAAGAACAUGGAAGAUAUUAUGAUUACAACGAUGAAGAAAAGGACAUAAGCUGUUAUGAACAUUUGAAAAGAGAGAAUGAUAAAUACAAAAAUGUUCCAAGAAAAAUAAAGUUAGUAGAAGGAGAAACACUUCAAUAUGAAUUGAGAGGAAGUAUACUAGCAAAAUUUAAAUCACCACGAGGGGUUAUAUAUAGAGGUUAUAUUAAGAACAUCUUUAAAAGUAAAAAUACUAUUCUACCUUAUUUUUUAAUUGUCCCUUCUUUUUUUUGGUUUAAUGAUUCUUACUAUUUCUCAUGCCUAAAUAUAGAUAUUGAUAUAUUUCAACUUUUCGAAAUUAUUAAAAUUAUAGAUAAAUCAAAAAGAGAACAAAUAGAUAAUAUACCUUUAACUAAAUAUAAAAAUUUGAUAAAGGCAAAUGAUUAUACGCAUCAUAAUAACCAGAAAGAUGAAAUGCUAUUUUUUUUACUAAAAGAUACAGAGAAAAGAAAAAUCAUACAUGAAAAGGAUAUUGGGAAAAUGAAGGAAUAUGUAACACAUAAUGAAAAAAGUGAAAAACAAGGAUGGAGCGAAUUACAUAAAAAUAAAGGAAACAAAUAUAAAAUGGAAGAUAUUACAAUUAGAAAGGAAGAUGAUAAAAAAGAUGAUGUAAUAUGCAACUUUAGAAAAAAGAGAAAAAAGGUACAACAACAAAUACAACGUAAUAAGAGAGCAAAAAGGGAAAAAUUGAUAAUGAGAACAGAAGACAUAGAAGAAGGAGGGAUCCAACAAAAAAGAAGAGGCAGAAAGAGGAUAGAAAGGAAAACGGAAAGUGAAAAAAAUGACAUGGAAGUGAAAAAAGAGGAAGAAGAAAUGGGAAAAGAAAAGAGGGAAGAGGAGAAGGAGGAGAAAAAGAAAGAGGAAGAAGAGAAGGAGGAGAAAAGGAAAGAGAAAGAAGAGAAGGAGGAGAAAAGGAAAGAGGAAGAAGAGCAAUUGGGGAAUGGAGAAGAAAAGCAAGUUGGGAAUGAGGAAGAAGAGCAAGUUGGGAAUGAGGAAGAAGAGCAAGUGGAGAAUGAGGAAGAACUGUUAGAGGAUAAGCAUCAGCAAAUGAAAGAUGAAAAUGAUCGAACGAAGGAAGAAGAACAGGAGAAGCAGAAAAAUAAUGAAGAGGGGAAAAAAGAGAAUGAACAGGAGGAACAAACGAAGAAGCAAAAUUAUGAAAUGGACAAAAAGGAGAACGAAAAAGAAUAUGAAACCACGAAACAAAAUAAUGAAGAGGAAAAAAAAGAGAACGAAGAGAUGAAACCUAAAGUACAUAACGAGUUAAACAAAAUAGAAGAAGCAAAUUUCUUUUUCAAAAAAAAGGAUAUAAUAGAAACCGGUUUAACCAAAAAAAUUGAAGUGUCCAAAAAAUCAAUUUUCAAUUUAAAUAAAGAAAAAACAAAUACAUACAUUUUAAAAAUUACAAAUUUCUUUAAAAUUUCUGAAAACAGAAAACUUAAAUCAAAUAACAAAGAUGAGAAAGAAGUUCUUUCCCAGAACAGUAAAAGUGAAAGUACCAAUGAAAAUAACCAAAAAGUAGGUGAAAUAAUAGAUACCCUAAGAGAUAAAAAAGAAGGAACAACAGAAAAUAAGGGAGAUAUAAAUAUUGAAAACCAAAAUAUAAAUAACAAAAAUGAAAGUGUACAAGAUAUAGAGGAGAAUAUAUAUAUUAGUGAGGAAAAUACAAAUGAUAAAGAAAUAAAUAUAAAUGACAAAAUGGAAGAUGCAAAUAUGAAAAAAGAAAAUAAGAAUGAUAAGGAGGAAAAUAUAACUAAUAAAAAAGGGGAGAUUAUUAUUAAAAAGGUAAAUAUAGAUGAAAAAGUAGUUCAUGUAACUGACAGAGUAGAUUAUAUAAAUAAUGAAAACGUGGAACAUAUGUGUUAUAGAAAAGAAGAAGAUGGUAGUAAAAAUGUCAAUAUUAAUGACAAGAAGGUACCAGAUACUCUUAAUGAAGUAAUUAUAUGUGAUAAAAAUGAAGAAGAAAGCAAUAAAAGUAAAAAUGGAAAUAUUAUAAAAGUAAAUAUUGACGAUAAUAGUGCAGAUAAUAAUAUCGAACUCAUAAAUAAUAAAAAGGACAACUCUUGCAGCGAAAAUGAAUUAGUGAAUGGAGGAAAUGUGGAUGAAAAUAAUGCACCAAAUAACCUUAAAAAAUAUUUUGAUGAUAAUGAAAAAGAACCCUUGAAUAACAAAAAUCAGCUUCAAAACAGCGAAAUGAUAAACCCCCAAAAAGCAUUUGAUAAGAACGAAAUCAUAAACCUUGAAAAUGUAAAUGAUAGCAAUACAAAGGGUAAAAAUGAAGAAGCUAAAUAUGUGAAACAGGAAGGCAUCGAAAGAGAAGAACAUUAUUCAUGUGCUAAUAUCGACAAUACUAAUAAUUGGGACAAGGAGGUUAAUAUAAAUGAAGCACCAACACUUAAUGGUAAGCAAACAAUUGAUAACAACAGUAGUAAUAAUAAUAAUAAUGAUAAUAAUGGUGGUAGUUACAUUAAUGGCAAUCGUAUUAACCCAUGUGGUAAUAAAGACUUAGAACAGAUUAAAAGGUUCAUAGAGGAUGAAAAAAUUAAAAAAAUAGAAAUGUUGUAUAGAUACUGUAAGGAAGAUUUAAACAUUUUAUUAUAUGUUUAUGUUAUGCAUAUUUAUGUUAAUAAAUUGUGCAAAAAUGUAAUUGUGAAAGUCCUUAAUCCUAAAUGUAAAUAUGUAAAGAAAAAAAAAUAUGAAGACAGAGAUUUUAUUUUAACCCCAUUAAUUGGAUAUUCUUAUUCCAAUUAUUAUUAUUUGAAAUUAAAUAAAAUAAAAUAUAAAUUAAAAGCAGAGAAAAAAAUUGAUAGGCGAUUUAAAUUAAUAAAAAAUUCCUUGAUCAUAAAAAGGGAACAGAAAAGAAAAAAGAAAAAAAGAGGUCGCAAGAAAAAAUUAAUACCAAACGAAACAGACAAAAAAAAAAAAAAAGGAAGGCGUAAGAACAUAAGUAAUAACUUAUCAAAUGAUAACCCCUUUAAAUUAAAAAAAUCAAGAGGGAAAAAAAUUUCAAGGUUUAAGCAUUCAUAUCAUAAAACGUGUGAAAAUAUGGAUCAAAUUGUAAAAUGUACAGAAAAAUAUAUUAAUUUAUAUCUAUGGGGUAUUUUUAAUUGGAAUUACAAAAAAACAUUACGUGUAUCCUUUAAUAAUAUUUCGAAUAAAAAAAUAAGUAACUUUGAUGUGUACAAUUUCUUUUUUUACAAUUAUGAAACUAUCUCUAACUUAAAUGAAAUUAAUAAGGACCUAAAAAUAUUAAUAAAUAUUUACCAGAAUGUCAGAAACAUUUUGUAUCAAAAUUCUUCAAUUUAUGGGAGUAUGUUUUUAUUGAAACAGUCCCAUAACUUGACAAGAACGCACUCAAAUGAAGAGCUAAUAAAUUUCUGGCUAAAAACACUAAAUGAGUUGUGUCAAAUUAGGGAAGGCUUUUGUAAAUUCUUUUAA